AUGGCCGCAUCACCGCCAUGCUACGACCAAACGUUGGUCAUCGAUGAAGCCGCAGCAGCAGAUCAGGAAUACGCGGAAUGGCGUCGCGCGGUCGAUGAAUCCCUUGCAACGCACCGUGAGACGCAGGACGGACAACAAGAGAAACCCGGAAACACGACAGCAGGUGAGCGUGGUGUGUCUUUCCAGGUAGCAAAGCCAUUGGAUGUUACCCCAGAGGAUGACACGUUAACAGCUCGUCAAAAGGCGGCACGAAAGAUUGUAAGCAGAGAGCUGCCUACCUUUUCCGGGGUACCAGAACAAUGGCCGAUGUUUUACUCCAGCUACGAGCGAUCGUCUGCAGCUUGUGGUUUUAACGAGGAAGAAAACCUACUACGGCUACAACGAGCCUUGCGGGGUCAAGCCUUGGAUUCGGUCGACCACAUUCUGCUAAUGCCGUCGGGACUGAAAAAGGCACUGGACAUCCUCAAAUCCGAAUACGGUAGGCCGGGGCUCAUUGUGGAGAGUCUAAUACAGAAGGUGAGGAAAAUGCCCGCACCUAGGGCGGAAAGUUUGGAGACCAUAGCAGCCUUCGGGAAGAGCGUACAGAAGAUGUGCGCAACGAUCCAGAUAUCGGGGAUGCGGCAAUACAACUGCGACGUCGCACUACUCGAAGAGCUGGAGGCAAAGCUACCCCCGGAGCGUCUACUAGAGUGGGCCCGAUACAAGCUACAAUUGUCGGAGGCUACAGUCAAACAAUCGCUAAACAUGGAAGAGCUAGGUGAGAGGUAUACUCAUCUGAAGGGACUGCCCAUUGCCUCGUAUAGUAAGGCGAGACCACGCAUACUGAUUGGAGUGGACAACUGGAGUCUAGGAAGGCCCCUCAAGUAUGCAGAAGGACGAAGUAGUGAACCGAUCGCCACAAAGACGAAGCUUGGCUGGACAGUGUUCGGGGCACGCGGCGGGUCGAUGCAUGAAGAUGAAGUCCGCAGCUGCUACCAUGUCUGCAUAUGUGACGACGCCUCGAACGAGCUUCUACACAAUACGUUGAAGACACACUACGCUAUUGAAUCGCUGGGAAUUAGCAACGUAAACCAUCUCGUUCCGAGGGAGAGUGAAAGGGCCAAUGCAAUACUGGCCUCAGAAACCCGGCUGCUGGAUAAUCGCUACCAAACCGCCUUGCUAUGGAAAUACGACGAUGUGCGGUUACCGUGUAACAGGAGCAUGGCGUUGAGGAGAUACUUGGGCCUACGGAAGAAAAUGGAGAAGGAUCCUACGUUAGCGAAUGCCAUUAUCCAAAAGAUGAAGGACUACGAGGAGAAGGGCUACAUCCGCCGAGUGACGGAGAGCGAGAUUGCCGAACGGGGACCCAGAGACUGGUUUUUGCCGAUCUUCCCAGUCUUUAAUCCAAAUAAGCCUGGAAAGCUUCGAAUGGUGUUCGAUGCUGCCGCGCAGGUCCAGGGAGUUAGUUUAAACAGUUUUCUCCUCACAGGACCAGACCAAUUGGUAGGAUUGGUUGCAGUACUCUACAAAUUUCGCGAGUUCCGGGUUGCGGUAACGGGAGACAUUCGCGAGAUGUUUUUCCAAGUCCGUAUGAAGCCAGCCGACCAGCGGAGCCAAAUGUUCUUCUGGAACAGCGAUACAACCCCAAAUGGAUCGCCAAAGAUUUACGCAGUCUCCGUCAUGACCUUUGGUGCGGCAUGUUCCCCAGGUAGUGCCCACUAUGUGAAGAACAUCAACGCGGAUAGAUUCGCAGACAGAUUUCCUCGAGCUUCGGAGUGUAUAAAGCUUGAGCACUACGUAGACGACAUGCUGUCCAGCGUUGAGACGGUCCAGGAAGCGGUGACGCUAGCAGAAGACGUUCGACACGUACAUGCACAAGGUGGGUUCGAAAUCCGUAACUGGCUAUCCAAUUCCAGGGAGGUCGUUGAGCGCUUGCGGGGGGGAGCAUGCAACCAAGCAAGCAUCGAGAUGUGCCCCGAGCAAGGUACUGAGAAGGUGUUGGGAAUGUGGUGGAACACGGAAGACGACACGUUCACAUUCCGACUCAGCCCGAAGAAUGACCAGGAACUAUUAGCUGGAAUCCGGAUGCCCACGAAACGCGAGGUACUUCGAACAUUGAUGGUCAUAUAUGACCCAUUAGGCCUGAUUGGCCAUUUCCUGAUGUUUUUAAAGGUCUUACUGCAAGAACUGUGGCGAUCCCGACUGGGAUGGGAUGAUACACUGGAGGGUGACGUCGCGAAGAAAUGGUUGAAAUGGGUCGCCGUGCUGCCCGACCUGCAAAAAACAACCAUCAGAAGAUGUUAUCGAAAACUAUCAUCGUACCACACCAAGAACAUACAGCUGCACAUAUUCUGCGACGCCAGUCAAAAUGGUAUGGCAGCGGUGGCUUACCUGCGUUUCGAAGAAAAUGGUGUAAUAGAGUGUGUGCUAGUCGGCUCGAAGACGCGAGUGGCGCCGAUCAAGUACCUAUCCAUCCCGAGACUCGAGCUGCAAGCGGCGCUAAUAGGAACCCGUUUUGCCAAGCACAUAGAAGAAGAACAUCGAUUGAGUAUUGCUAGAAGGGUAUUCUGGACCGACUCGAAGAACGUCAUUAGCUGGAUCAGGUCCGAUCACAGGCGAUACUCACCAUUUGUGGCUGUGCGGGUAAGCGAACUGGUCGAAUCUACUAAGGCGGAAGAAUGGCAAUGGCUUUCAACUAAGCUAAACGUCGCGGACGACGCGACUAAGUGCGACAAUACAAACCAAUACCGGUACGAUCGAGCGACCCGCAACUAA